AUGCUAAUUGGCUAUGUUGCAGUUACAUGCAUGCUGAUUGGCCAUGUUGCAGUUACCUGUAUACUGAUUGGUCAUGUUGUAGUUACAUGUAUGCUGAUUGGUCAUGUUGUAGUUACCUGCACGCUGAUUGGUCAUGUUGUAGUUACCUGCAUGCUGAUUGGUCAUGUUGUAGUUACCCGUAUGUUGAUUGGUCAUGUUGUAGUUACCUGUAUGUUGAUUGGUCAUGUUGUAAUUGCCUGCAUGCUGAUUGGUCAUGUUGCAGUUACCUGUAUGCUGAUUGGUCAUGUUGUAGUUACCUGUAUGCUGAUUGGUCAUGUUGUAGGUACCUGCAUGCUGAUUGGUCAUGUUGUAGUUACCUGCAUGCUGAUUGGCCAUGUUGUAGUUACCUGUAUACUGAUUGGUCAUGUUGUAGUUACCUGCAUGUUGAUUGGUCAUGUUGUAAUUGCCUGCAUGCUGAUUGGUCAUGUUGUAGUUACCUGUAUGCUGAUUGGUCAUGUUGUAGUUACCUGCAUGUUGAUUGGUCAUGUUGUAGUUACCUGCAUGCUGAUUGGCCAUGUUGUAGUUACCUGUAUGCUGAUUGGUCAUGUUGCAGUUACCUGUAUGCUGAUUGGUCAUGUUGCAGUUACCUGUAUGCUGAUUGGUCAUGUUGUAAUUGCCUGCAUGCUGUGA